CAGUAUCGCAACCAAAAGCUGCAGCAAAGCCAGAACAGGAGGACGUGCAUUAAGAAAUAAACUCAUUAUAGUUGGUGUUACUGCUGUAGUCGUUAGUGGAGCAAUAGGACUGCUGCUUUCUUGUAAGAUCAAAUCACGGAGGCAAAUAAUUGGAUUAUGCAAGACAUCUCAGGAUGAACAAAAUAUUGAGGCCUUCAUUAGAAAUCAUGGUUCUCUAGCUCUCACAAGAUAUAAAUUUGCAGAUGUCAAGAAAAUGACCAACUCUUUCAGAGAUAAAUUAGGACAAGGUGGUUAUGGUUCUGUAUACAAAGGAAAACUCCUCAAUGGCCACCCUAUUGCUGUAAAGUUAUUGAAGGCAUCAAAAGAGAACAAGGAAGAAUUUAUCAAUGAGGUUGCCAGCAGCAGUCGGACUUCCCAUGUAAAUGUUGUUACACUUCUUGGGUUUUGUUUUGAAGGCAAACAGAAGGCUCUCAUAUAUGAAUUUAUGUCCAAUGGAUCUCUUGACAAGUUCAUUCACAACGUAGAUAAGAAUAGUCUAUGCCUGACUUGGGAAAAUUUGUACCAAAUUGCAAUUGGGAUAGCUCGAGGACUUGAGUAUUUGCAUAGAGGAUGCAACACUCGAAUUCUACAUUUUGAUAUAAAGCCACAUAACAUCCUUUUAGAUGAAAAUUUUUGUCCCAAGAUCUCAGAUUUUGGUCUUGCUAAGCUUUGUCCUAAAAAAGAAAGCAUCAUUUCAAUUUCAGAAGCCAGAGGAACAAUAGGAUAUCUUGCUCCAGAAGUUUGGAAUAGAAAUAUAGGUGGAGUUUCGUAUAAGUCUGAUGUUUAUAGCUAUGGGAUGAUGCUAUUAGAUAUGGUUGGAGGGAGAAAGAACAUGAAUGUUGAAACCAAUUGUUCAACUGAGAAAUAUUUCCCAGAUUAUAUUUAUGUUCAACUUGAGCAAGACAGCAAUUUGGGAUGUAAUGGAGCUAGUAACAUGGAGGAACAUGAUAUUGCAAAGAGAAUGACCAUUGUGGGUUUGUGGUGCAUCCAAAUAUUUCCAAGUCAAAGACCUACAAUGAGUAGGGUGAUUGAAAUGUUAGAAAGAAAAUUUGAGCCAUUGGAAAUGCCACCAAAACCUGUCAUGCCUUCCCCUCCAAGAUUAGAACUAGAAUCUUCCACCACUGGUACUACCACAACAGAGAUUUCGGGUUUUCAAAGCGCUUCCCACAUGCUGCUGGAGGAACAUUAGGAUUCAGAAAUGCUGAAAAAGUACGGGUGGGGUCUCAUAGUAUGGUAUUUAUGGUUAUCAAAUGUCGUUCCUAAAUUGUUUCUUUUUUGGUUUUUUUGGGGGGGGGGGGGGAGCAAGGGCUAUGAAGCCAAGGGCUCUAAGACCAGUGAGCUAUUCUUAGCAUGUUACAUUUUUAGACUUGUUGAUAAGUCUGAGUUAAUCAUGACUUGAGCUUAUCCUUUUGUCAAAGGAUAUUUUGAUUGUUCAU